AUGGCGAAGCCAAUUGCCCCUACCAUUCCCAAGAUCAACCUCCCCAGGGCGCCAGAUCCACACGUCGACCCAGCAGGAUACCUGCGGGGCAUUGGCGCCGUGCGCGAGAGAUGUCUGCCGGUGCUGGAGAAGGCGAAGGCAAACCAAUUGAAACAUUUCGAUGUCGACAUGAGCAAGUUCGACAACACCACGAGAUUCGUCGUGUCAAUUAUCAAGCGCGAUUUCGAUCCUGAUUAUGCAAGCAUCCCACCUCACGGCCGCUGGCAGCACUUCAACGCCGGAGGACGAGACCGAAUCGCAGAACUGCUUUCGAGCUGGCCACAGGAGAUAGAUCCCUCGGAGCGAUGCCGGCGGCUUAUCGACCUCUUCCUCGUUUCUGUGCUGCUCGAUGCGGGGGCUGGAACGGCGUGGUCGUACAAGAGCAAGCAGAAUGGUCGGAUAUACAAACGAAGUGAGGGGUUGGCCAUUGCGAGUUUCGAGAUGUUCAAGGAUGGGCUUUUCAGCAGUAAUAAGCAGCAAAGACAUCAAGUCGAUGCGGCAGGAUUGAAGGAAUUGACGGUUGAGAAGAUGGUAGCUGGCCUACAAGUUACAGAGCAGAACCAAAUGUCAGGGUUGGAAGGACGCGCCAGUCUUCUUAUCAGACUGGCAGAUGCGUUAAAUAACGACACUCUCUUUGGCGCAGAUGGCAGGCCCGGAAAUAUACUGGAUUACCUCCUCUCCCACCCCACAACCCAAGCUUCCUCCGUCCCGAUCGUCUCCCUCCCAACCCUCUGGUCCGUCCUCAUCGACGGCCUGGCACCCAUCUGGCCCCCCUCUCGCACUACCCUCGAUGGGACCUCCCUCGGGGACGCCUGGCCACUCACCCUCCUCGCGCUUGUCCCCGCAACGCAACCCUGGGAAACGAUUGUCCCAUUCCACAAACUGACACAAUGGCUCUGCUAUUCCCUCAUGCAGCCGAUGUCCAAGCUAAUGAAUAUCCACUUCGCGGGCGCCGAGCUGAUGACCGGGCUCCCAGAAUAUAGGAAUGGAGGGUUAUUUAUCGAUACGGGUGUCCUGACGCUGAAGAGUGCCGAUGAGGAGAGGGGGCUACAGAGGUUUAGAGAGGAAGGCUUGAAGAAGGGGAGUACGGUUGAGGUUGUGCCAAUGUUUACUCCUGAUGACGAUGUGAUUAUCGAGUGGCGGGCUGUCACGGUGGGCUUCCUGGAUUUACUGUUGGAGGAGGUGAAUACUGUGCUGGGAUUUCAGUUGACGCUGCCGCAAAUGCUGGAGGCGGGUAGUUGGAAGGGAGGCAGAGAAAUGGCCGAAAUCUCCCGUCCAAAUACGCAAUGCCCGCCAAUCGCAAUCCUCUCCGACGGGACCGUCUUCUAA